UUUAUUAAACCAUAUAUACAUAUUAUAAUCAUAUAUAAAUCAUACAAUACACUGUAAUUUCUGUGUUGAACCUGCACAAACAGACCUGAAGAUAAUUGAGCUAUAGUCAAACAGAGAGAAAAAGCAUAAUAAAAAUAUAAUACAAAACAUGACAGCUGAAAUUAAAGGGAACUGAAGAUAAUAUAAAAUUGAUUCUUUAACAUGUGAAAUUCAUGCAACCAAACAUGAAUUACUGCAUCAUAUGUAGAUAGUUAGAUUAGAGAUGAUGAUUUCACUUUCAGUAUUGAACUAGAAUGCCCCUUAAAACAAUGAGCAGAAUAUCAUUAUACAACCAUGAAAUCAACAGGGAAGUGUGACUAUCUACCACUUCACACUCCAAACAACCCCCUUCAAUUAUGUUAUUGAGUUGGAAUCCGGCACAAAUGGUACUUAGUUGCUAGUAUUUAAUAUCCUUAAAAAGUCAAUUUUCAGCAGGAGCUUAGUGAGAGGCAUUUGAGUUGUUUUGAUGAAGACUCAACACUGAUUUGAAUUGUGUAUGUAACGGGGAUACAUAAGUAAUCACAAGGGACUUUAAAUUCUGCACAGACUCAGCAAAUCAAAUUAUUACAUAUCCUUAUCUCUUAACAAUUUAGAAAAAUACUCAGCAUUUUCUGCUUUACUUCUGUAGAGAGUAUUCUUACAUCUUUUUACACUGCAUUCCAUUGAUCAUAAUGUUCCCACACACUAGUGUAAAGGGGGUUUCUUCUUUUUUCUUUGUUACUGUUGGGAAAGGGCUUCUUUGUUUUGUUAAAAGCAGGAAUGUUUCUUUGUUGCGAGAGAGUGCUGGAAGCUUGUUUGGGUUAAAAUUUACUGAUAACGAGAAUUGUAUUCCUUUGUAAACCAAAUGGGGAUUAAUGUUCUUUCUUCUGAGUCUGUAAGCUUUUGUUGACGGGCUUUUGGGCAGAUCAGCGCGAGGGGGUGAGAGAGAGAAAGAGGACGCUAUGCUGUAAGCUGGGCGAGGAACGGACCCCAAGCAGGGGUCCGAGGCCAGGGGGUACUCCGAGGAGGGGGGGGAUGAAGCUAGAUGUGCUUGGUUGACCACUCGGAGGGUCCUGAGCUGCGAGUCGAGGAGUUCGGAGGGGAUCGAAUGGUGGCCAGAAGCCUUCAGUAAUUGAGCUCCAAUGGUUGUGCACUUUGGACUUUGAUAAGUUUGGCGCCUUUUCUUUAUUUUUUCUCUUCAUAUAUACUGUAUCGUUAUUAAUCACUUAGUUAUAGUACCCUUUAUAAAUUGUACUCAUUUAAUCGCUUAUGGUGUACUGUCUGUUUUUGGGCGAGGCGGGGACAUCACACAGCAUCCAUACCAGCUGAUUACCCAGUUUGGCGGGGCUGAAGGCUGCUCCCCCUAGACGAGAACGAGCUGAGCGAGCCUGAGGUGACCCAGGGGGUUACAUAAUGUUCCCACACACUUGGCUUCUCCCCAUGAAGCCUUUUUGUAUCCUCAUCACUACUUGCACUCUCACUUACUUUUGCAUCAGACCUGGAAAAAUGACACUUAGUCCCAUCAGUCAAACCAUUUGACAAAACUUCUGAAUAGCUGGGGCAUAGGCACUGAUCUCAGCAAUACCUAAGAAUUGUCAUUUACUUCUACAACUGGCUUUGUCUGUUGAUCAGCUCUCAAUCCAUGCUGGUAUAUGAUUCAUAAAACUUCUGUUUGCAAAUCUGAGGAGCUCAAGUACAUAGUCCCCUGAAAGUGGAGUCACAGGUAGAAAAGGUGGUGAAGAUGACUUUUGGCAUGCUGACCAUCAUCAGAGCAUUGAAUAUGAAGAUUGGGAGGUCAUGGUAUAGUUGUACAAGGCACUGGUGAAGUCAUAUUUGUAAUAUUGUGUUCACUUUUGGUUGCCCUGCUAUGGGAAAGAUAUUAUUAAAUUGGAAGGAGUGCAAAAAACAAUUACAAGGAUGCUUUCAGAAAUUAAGGCAUUGAGUUUUGGGGAGAAGUUGGAUAAGCUAGGACCUUAUUCCUUGGAGUGUGGUAGACUGAGAGGUGAUCUUAUAGAAGUGUAUAAAAUCAUGAAAGGCAGAGAUAGGGUGAAAUCACUUCCGUUUUUUUACAUGUAUAGAGGUACAGUAAGGGAAUUUUCUUGCAUAUAUUUCAUACAGAUCAAUUCAAUAAAACACUGUGUUGGGGUAGUACAAAGUAAAACAAUGACAGAGUGCAGAAUAAACUGCUACUGUCAUGGGGAAAGUGCACUGCAGAUAAACAAUAAGGUGCAAGGCCAUAACAAGGUAGAUUAUGAAGUUAAGAAUAUUCAAUAGAGAGCUCAUUCGAUUGUCUAAUGGCAGUGGAAUAGAAGCUGUCCUUGAGCCUGGAGGUAUGUGCUUUCAUGCUUUUGUACCUUCUGCCUGAUGGAAGGGGGGAAUAGAGAGAAUGUCUGGGGAGAUUGGGUUCUUGAAUAUGCUGCCUGCCUUCCCAAGACAGGAAGAAGUGUAGACAGAGUCAGUGGAGGGGAGACUGGUUUUCAUGAUGCGCUGAUUGCGUCCACAACUCUCUGCAGUUUCUUGCGGUUCACAGGCAGAACAGUUGCCGGACCAAACCAUAAUGCAUCCAGAUAGGAUGUUUUUCAAUGGUGCAUCAGUAAAAAUUGGUCAAGGUCAAAGGGGACAUGCCAAAUUUCCUGAGGAAGCAGGAGCUGGUGAGCUUUCUUGGCUGUGGGCUUGGACCAGGACAGGUUAUUAGUGAUAUUCACUACUAGGAACUUGAAAGUUCUCAGCCUCAGCACCAUUGAUGUAAACAGGAGCUUGCUUAUAACCCAUCUUUCUGAAGCCAAUAGUAAUUUAUUUUGCUGACAUUGAAAGGAAGGUUGUUGUCAUGACACCAAGUCAUGAGGCUCUCUCUCUUCCUUGCUGUUUUCCAACUCAUUGUGAUUUGAGGAUAUGGUCCACUGUGGUAGUAUCACCUGCAAACUUGUGUAUGAAAUAAGAGCAGAAUGCAAUCAUGAGUAUAUAGGCAGUAGAGUUGGGGCUGAGGAUGCUGCCUUGUGGUGUACCAGUGUUUCAUAGAGGUGCUGCUGCCUGCCCUUAUUGAUUACAGUCAAAGAUCCAGUUGCAAAGGGAAAUGUUAAGUCCCUGGUCUAGGAGUUUGCAGGAAUUAUAGUAUUGAAGGUGAAGCUGUAAUUGAUAUACAACAGUCUAACAUUACUGUCCAGGUGCUCCAGAUAAGAAUGUAAAGCCAGGGAGAUGGCAUAGAUUUAAGGUAAGAGGGGAACGUGGGGCAUUUUUUUUUGCACAAAGGAUGGUGUGUAUGUGGAAUGAUCUGUUAGAGUAGGGGUUCCCAACCUGGGGUCCACAGACCCCUCGGUAUAUGGUAGAGGUCCAUUGUAUAAAAGAAGUUUGGGCACCCCUGUAUUAGAGGAAGUCAUGAACCAGGUACAUUAAAAACUUUUAAGUCAGUCAGAUAGGUGCAUGGCAAGGAAACACUUAGAAGGUUAUAGGCAAAAUCUGGAACAUGGAAUUAGCUUGGAAUGAGCAUCUUGGUCAGUACUGACCAGAUGGGCUGAAGGGCUUGUUUCCACGUUUGACAGCAUGCACAACAGCUCUGCUGGGUAGAUGGGAAAAAUGCUUGAAGCUGAUUCCGCCGCCCCCAAGAAGUGCAAAAUCAAUUAUCAGUCACAAAGUAAGAGAUACUUCCUUUAAGAUUGAGAUGAAGUGACAUUUCUUCAAAUGUUGGCAUAUAUUUUGAUUUCUUUACCCUGCAGGGCUGAAGAUCCCCAGUUAAUGGCCAAUGGUUUAUUAUUGUGGUAAGUUGCGAAAUACAUUGAAAAGAUUUGUUUUGCAAUGCCCUCCAGAUAGGUCAUUCUAAACAAAAGUACAUUGAGGUAGUUCAAAAGGAAAUCCAGUAACAGAUGCAGAAAAUAGUGUUACAAUCAGAGAAAGCACGUGUAGGCAGAAAAUAAGCUGCAAGAACCAUGACAAGCUAGACUGAGCGAUCAACAAUUUAUCAUUCAAAAGGACCAUUGAAGAGUCGUAUAACAGGAUAGAAGCAUCUACUGUGUUAAUCCCCUCCAUAGAUGCUGUCUGAUUUGCUGAAGUCCUCCAGAAUUUUGUGUGUGUUGCUCAAGAGUUCCAGUAACCACAGUGUUUUAGGAAAGAAGACAUUCUUCCUGCUUGACGAUUCGUGUUAUGAAGCUUUCCUGUAAUUACAUUCAAAGCAGUGGUUCGAUUUCUGGAUAUUAGAGAAAUUAAAGGACAUGGGGCGUAUGGGAGUCAGCUAUGGUAUUGCUGAAUGGCAGAACAUCCCGUUUAAAAUUUGAGCGGAAUAAUAAUAAAAAAAACUUAUAAUAGUUGAUGGUAAAGAAAUCCUUGCAGACUUGAGGAGCUUUGGGAAGUCAGUGGUGAAACUGUAAUUUCUGCACCAUUAAUCGUUUUGUAAUACCUUCCCAGAUCUGCGGACACACUGGGCACGUAAAUGCCGAGUUCGAUCACACAAAGGAGUGAUGGCGAGAGCUGCAGCCUGUGGUAACUUUGCAACUUCCCUCCGCCUUUCGCACGGUCUGAACCGAGCGGCUGAGGCCGAAGUGAGCGCAGGCUCCGGUGUUGCCUCCGUGACGUUUGGCUGUGCGCACAAUUGGCGUGAGGCGGUGCGUGAUGAGAGCGCACUGAGCCCGCAGCGGACUCGCAGCGCAGCCCUCACUUUCCGGGCGCUCCAGCACAGCAUGACCUUUCAAAGGUGAAAGCGGAUCAGUGUUCCGAGGAGCGGAUUCUGCCUCGCCUGCGGAAUCGAGCCGCGGCGGGGAAGCCGGACUGGAUUUGCAGCCUCCGUGAGCCCCCGGUCUGUCCUGCCAGCUUGGGUUUUACAAUCGACAGGCCCCGGGAGCGGAUUGCCACGGUUGUUGUGGAUGUCAGCACCUGGUCCCGACAGGAUUAACUAAAAUAACAAGCAUGUAAGAAAGAAGAUGUCAGUGGAACAAAGCAGAAAGGAAAACAAGCUGCCACAUAGAACCAACCUAUACGUUGAUUUUCCAUCAACAUUAUGGCCUAUCGUAUAUUCUCCUGAUUACAAUAUUACAUUCUUGGGCUUGGAAAAACUUCAUCCUUUCGAUUCAGGAAAAUGGGGGAAAAUUGUCAACUUUUUAAAAGAAGAGAUGAUGAUAAAGGAUGAAACCAUUGUAAAAGCCCUAGAAGCACAGGAAGAUGACCUAUUAGUUGUGCACUCAAAGCGGUACCUCAAUAAACUGAAGAGCCAUUUCUUGGAAGGCUUACAAGAGUGGUCGUUCAUAGUUGCCACUAUUACCGAAAUACUACCAGUGGCAUUCUUGCCUAAUUUUAUCAUCCAGCGGAAAGUACUGAGACCGUUCAGGACGCAGACUGGUGGAACAAUAAUGGCUGGGAAGCUUGCUAUUGAACGAGGAUGGGCAAUCAAUGUUGGUGGUGGCUUCCAUCAUUGUUCGAGUGACCAAGGAGGAGGGUUUUGUGCCUAUGCUGACAUAACUCUGGCAAUUAAGUUCUUAUUUGAGAGAGUGGAAGGAGUUUCUAAGGCUAUGAUCAUUGACUUGGAUGCACACCAGGGAAAUGGACAUGAAAGAGAUUUUAUGGAUGACAACAGAGUCUAUAUUAUGGAUGUUUUUAAUAGAUAUAUCUACCCAGGGGAUGGAUUUGCCAAGCGAGCCAUCAAGUGGAAAAUUGAGCUGGAAUGGGACACGGAGGAUUCAGAAUAUCUGCAGAAAGUGAAAACACAUGUGGCAAAAGCAUUGAAUGAAGUCACUCCAGACAUCAUUGUGUACAAUGCAGGCACUGACAUCUUAGAUGGUGAUCAGCUGGGAGGACUGGCUGUCUCACCUCAGGGAAUUAUUAAAAGGGAUGAAGCAAUUUUUGAGGCAGCCCGCAAAUAUAAGAUACCCAUCCUGAUGGUGACAUCUGGAGGCUACCAAAGGUCCACAGCCCGGAUCAUAGCUGAUUCUAUUCUUAAUUUGCAUCGUUUGCAACUCAUAGACCAAAGGCUGAUUUAGGAGGAUUGGAUGACUAUUGACUUAGCAUGUCUAAUGUGGAACCUUUUUAUCAGCUACAACACCACCACUGUCAAUGCAAAAAAAAAGUUAGUUUUGUGGGGAAAAAAAACAUAAUUUAAAUACUAAAGUUGCAAUGUUCUAUAAUCUGUCUUAAAGAGAGUUAUAAAUAUUAUUAAAGUAAAAAUGCAAGUAGGUUUAUAAUUAUUAAAAUCUUAAAGGAACAUUCCUCUCUGGUGCAAUAAGGACAUGAUUUUUUUUGGUAAAAAAAAAUAGAUACUAAAAUAUACUUGGCUCUGUGAAGGAUCUAUAUAAAUGUAACUUUUAUCAUAAUAAAAUAAAUUGAGAGUUUUUGUCUCA